UGACAAAAGAAAGGGAGUUAGGGAGUUCUUUAAACGAUGUUAAGGACUUUAUUAUCAACCAGCACGGCUGCUGUAGUCUUGCUGGGCUUCGCUCCCCUCGCCGUAGCCCACGAACACCACACAGAAGCCAUCCCAGAAAACGCCUACGUCUCCAACGACCCCAUCGACACAAUCCUAUGGCUCCACAUCGCCUGCAUGACACUCGCCUUCGGCAUCUUCUUCCCAACAGGAAUGGUCCUCGGCCUCACCCGCUCCCGCUGGCACGUCCCACUACAAUCCCUCGGCGCAGUACUCGCCGUGGUAGGAUACUUCUUAGCACACCACCACAAAGGCCGUGAAUUCAAAUCAAACAUCCACGCAAAAUUCGCGCCGUUCGUCAUGUUCUUCCUGCUCGGACAAGUCGUCAUAGGCAUUUACCUCAAACUCCACCUCGAAAAACGUUCCACCCUCCACGACCGUCUCCGCACCUCCAUCGUCUUCAUCCACGGCCUCAUCGGCAAAAUCUUCCCCAUCAUCUCCUGGAUCCAAAUCGGCUUCGGCGCACUCGCAGGUCUCGGAUUCUGCCGCGAAGAUCAUCUGGGACAAUGUCUCGCACACGGCAUCAUGGGCUCCUCCUUCAUCGCCUACGGCGCCGUCAUGUCCAUCAUGCUCCUCGUCGGGCAACCCCUCCUCGCCCGCACCAACCGCUCCCAAGAAUUCUUCGAUUCCGCAGUCAUUGGAGCGUGGGGCUGUGUCAACACCUUCACUGAGCACAGGUGGGGACAAGAGUGGAAUCAUGGUGACUACCAACAUACGAGUAUGGGUAUCAUAUGGUGGUGUGCAGGAAUCCUCGGCGUUCUACUCUCCCGCCGCGGUGGAAAACCCACGCGGAAUAUCAUUCCGGGCCUCGUCAUCUUCCUCACCGGCUGGGCGAUGUCCUCACACGUCCAACACCUCGAAGUCUCCUCAAAACUCCACGCCACGUUCGGGUACACCCUCAUGGCUGCCGGACUCGCCCGUAUUAUCGAGGUCGCAUUCCUCCUCAGAGACGAGUCCACAGUACUUGAGGGUGAGGUUAACAGCUUUCAAUAUUUGCCACCUUUUUUGCUGGUCGCAAGCGGAAUUCUCUUUAUGGGCGCAAACGAGGAACAAAUGGCAUACCUCAACGCCGUGGGGAUCGAAGCAACGUCAUACACCCUCGUUCUAUACUCCGCCGCGUUCCUCAUUUUCUCGUUCAUCAUCUGCCUCAUCAACCUCUGGUCCACCUCUGGCCGGAACGCGGAGGCGGCGAAGAAGGCGAACGGGAAUGGGGUCGCUGGAAAUGGGCAUGUAAGGGAUGUGGAGGCGGAGCGGAGAGCGAGGGAGGCGGAGGAGUAUGAGCUCGGGGCUCUGCUACAUGAUGAUGAUGACGAGGGAGAUGAAGAGGAGAGACACAAGAGGACUGCCAAUGGCGUUGCAUGAUACCGCUACCAAAACUUAUCGUUUUUCGUAGCUUCAGGAUAUCUUGAUACCAAAUGUCUUUCAUCCUGCCUGUGAAAAUCAGACUCCU